UGUUAUAUCUGCCAUCGGGGGACAAAGAAGUGUCAUGAAUCAAAACCAGGGCAAUCAGUCAUUAUCAAAUCUUCAGAAACGAGCCCUUGGACAGUCCGGUCUCCCAAACUCAAGUACUCCCCUGUCAAGUCUCAACAACAACUACAACUUUGGACAAAGUAGUCGACAGAUUUUUGGAACUGACGACUCCUCACAACCUGGGUUAGACCUUUCUGAAUUCCCAACACUUGGCAACAGAAACAGCAUGCCGUCAAAUCCGAUACCUGCUGCAAGAAAUUACGGUAAAUUUGGUAUGGUGAGUAAGCCUGUAAUGGACCAGACACCAGAGUUCCAGAUACAACAAGAGGAUUUCCCAGCCUUACCUGGUGCUCAGAAUCCUCCAUCAAGUUCAGCAGGAGAAGGGGCACGUAAAACGCCUACAAGUGUAGCUACAGGCACGUAUGAGCAGGCUGUAAGUAAAGACGGGAAGUUCCCAGGCGACAAGUCGAACAACGCCCAAUCAAAACGUGGUAUACAGACACAUCCAGAUGGUACAGUAUCAAAUAUACCCACGGGUAUGGUUACGGACCAGUUUGGAAUUGUGGGAUUGUUAACGUUUAUCCGUGCAGCUGAAAACGACCCAAACUUGGUGGCACUAGCUCCUGGCAUUGACUUGACAACGUUAGGUUUGAAUCUCAACUCACCAGAAAAUCUGUACAGCACAUUUCAAUCGCCGUGGGCUGAUUCCCCGUGCAGACCACAGGAUAUAGAUUUCCAUGUGCCAGCAGAAUACCUCACAAACAUUUUCAUCCGUGACAAGCUUGCUCCAGUAAAAUUAAACAGAUAUGGUGAGGACCUUUUGUUUUAUCUCUUCUACAUGAAUGGAGGAGACGUUCUUCAGCUCGCUGCAGCAUUUGAGUUGUACACUCGGGACUGGCGUUAUCAUAAGGAAGAAAGAGUGUGGAUGACACGAGCACCGGGUUUGGAGCCAAUUGUUAAGACCAAUACAUAUGAGCGUGGCACAUACUACUUCUUUGAAGCGCAGGGCUGGCGAAAAGUACCAAAAGAGUUUCACCUGGAAUAUGAUAAGCUUGAGGAGCGCCCCACUUUACCAUCCACCUUGCAUCAUAGUGCCAGUUAGCAGGGCAUGGUUCACAAAUGAGAGCCCCCCGUAUUUAACUCGGUCACGUGCAAUGGACAUUAGCGUGUGGUAGACACAUGCUCAUCUGUGGUGUGUAUGUGUGUGUUAGAUACAUUCACGCAUGGCGUGUAUGUGUAGUAGGUGGACUCUUCAUCUGUGGUGUGGACGUGUGACACAAGGACACAUUCACCUAUGGCGUGUAUGUGUGUGAUGGACGAACACGUUGACUUAUGGUGCGUAUGUGUGUGAUGUGUGUGUGAGAGAAAUACAAGUCACAAUCUGGUUCAUAAUGGUCAAAAUGUUCAACUUAGUACAUCCAUUAAAAGAUCAGAUUUAAUCAUUGAGAUCAUCAUCCACUGGGACUUAGUCCCUCUUUUAGUGUUUCUGUAGUCUUCUCAAACAUUGAGACAAUUUGAAAUGCUUCAUGAUAAAUAUCAGGAUCUCAUCUUCGAUGUGCUGGAAUUAAAACUUUCUAAAGCGGCUCAUAAAUGGGUCUGAAAUAAAAUGUAAAUUCUAGAUAAGGAAAUUAACUGAAAAAGUUUUUAUGUAAGUCACAAAAUGCAUUUUUUUGGCUCUGUAUCAUAUCUGAUGUGAUGUUAGAGAUCAAAUUAAAAUCUCCCUUUUUUAUGACAUCACGAUAUUAAGAAUCAUUAUGGAUUGCAUGAUUGUAAUCACUUAUUAAUUUGUUACACUCUAAAAAAUAAACAAAAAUUGAAACGUGAUAAAAAAGGCCAUCAAAUGACACAUAAGAGACUUGCAUUUAAAGAAUGAAAGAGACAAAAGGGGUGUAGCUGAACAGUAAUUAAUUUGGUGCUAUAAGCAGUCAAUAUCUACAUUUCUUUAUAAACUACCACACACAUCUAUAUUGCAGUACAGAGACCCAGAUUUAGACAAAGUACCAUCUCUGGUUUGUUCAGUUUUCAUGAGCAGUAAUUUAAAAAUAGAUUUUUGUGUAAUUUUGACCAUUAUGAAUUAAAAUAAUAUAAUUAAAAUUUUCUUUUUCAAGUUAUUAAAAUAGAUAUAACAGAUGUGACUUUUUAAAACAACAUUUAUAAGGCAAGAAUACAGCACAUCACAAAUCAUAUGGGUUUUAGAGAAACUUGGUGGAAAUUCAUAGUAGAAUUUGUUCCCAUAUAAGGAUUUUUAUGCUUUGAAAUUUGAUAUUCUUUCAUCCUGUUUUCAAGAAAAGUUGUAGUUAAAAUAAUUUCUAAUAUAUAAUAAUAUUUUAAAGAUGUAUAUCUUUUUCUUGUCAAAACAAAAAUGAAACAUAUAUAGGUUGGGAUUUUGAAGGCAAUAAAUUAAUUUCUUUAAUAAAGGAUUACCAUUGCUUCAAAUAAGACUAUCAUUCUCUUUGAAAUUAUGUGUGACCAGACUGGAGUUAGUUGACUUGUAAGAUUCUCUCUAUCCAGGAGAUCAUUUGUAAUCAUUUUCAUCUGUAAAUAAACAUAAAUCGAACAAUGA